AAGAAAACUUUAAAGAGACCUCAGCGCCCGGCUCUGCGAGGCAGCUAGGGUUUUGCAGAACUUCAGUUUCAAGUUCAAUUGCGUCGCCGACCAGGGUGUCUGAAUCGCCUGUGGCUCGCCAAUCUUUGUGCGAGAACCGUGGAGCGGGUCCCUGCCGCGUUCCGGUUCGGCAAGCGAGCGAUCACCCCGCGUUCCCCGGGCCGAGGCGAGCACACAUUAGUCACCCUGUGACCACACGGCAGCUCGCACAUUCCAUCCUAGCAUUCUCCCGAAAUGUCGCUGCAGGUCGACGACGGCGGCCGCCGCGCCCGGUCCCGAUCUCCAGCGGGCCGCCGCGCAGACGACGACCGCGACCGGAGCCGCACUCGCGUGUCGCCGAAUAUCGUGGACGCCGUGCCGUAUCCGAGCUCUUCCGAGGCCUUCCGGGACCCUUCGUCGACCGCCUAUGAGUACGAGCGGCUGUCUAAGUGGCCGUCUGCGGCCGAGGACGACAGUCCCGACUAUUAUCGCGGGCCGCCGCGUGGGAAGCCCGCGGAUGCGCGCGAGGACCCGGACCAGAACCGCGACCGGGACCGCGGUCGGAACCGAGACAGCGACUCAGACCGCGAGACUACCCGCCAGCGCGCUGACCUCUACCUUCCGAACAAGUACGCCCACAUCAAGACGGUCGAGCCGGGCUCGCCGCGUCAGUCACGCGACUCUGUCCGCGACAGGGACCGCGAGUCCGACAAGGAGCACGAGCGCCGCCGCAAGAAGGAGCAGCUCGAGGCCGAUCUGGCCUACGGCAAGCUGCCUGGCCCAUCCAAGCACGAGCGCCCGGCAUCGCCCCCUGCUGUGACGUACGGAUACGACCAGCCGAAGCAGUGGGAGUAUGCGAAGCCCGAGGAUCCGCGGUACAGCGCGACGCACCUGGACCCUCACGGACCGGGAGCGCGCCCUGCCGGUCGGCCCCCGAGCCCAGGCCCGGCUGCGCCGAUAAAAUCGGCCAUGAAGCGCGACCGGUCGCCGCAGCCGCCCACGGGGCGCAUGUCGACUCUGACCGUGCAGACGCCUCACCACGCCGCCUCGCUCUCCGUCGCCUCGGCCCCAGCCUCUCCGCUCCUGGAAGCGUAUCACGGCACGUACCAGUCCAUGCCGCCCAUGCCCUCACCCAUGCUGCUGCCCACCGGCGCCCCGCACGUUCUUGAGGCCCUCUCGCCCAUCGGCUCUGACGACGAGCGCGCGGGCGACAAGCGCCGCGCCCGGCGCGCGCGCUUCAACGACCCGGCCGACGACGCGGCGCGGCUGGCCAAGGCCCUCAAGGGCGAGAAGCGCCCGCCCGACACGGAGCCGCUGGUGGAGAUCCUGCCUGGGCUGACGCACGACCAGGUCAUGGAACUGCGCGCCGAGUACAAGCGCCUCGUCAAGACGGGGACGGAGCGCAAGGGCGUCAACAUCGCCAAGCACAUCCGCGCGCGGCUCAAGGACGAGGACCCGAACCUGAUGAAGGCGUGCUACGCGACGGCGCUGGGCCGGUGGGAGUCGGAGGCGUACUGGGCCAAUUUCUGGUACCACGGCGACAAGACGCGGCGCGAGCUGCUGAUCGAGUCGCUGAUGGGGCGCACCAACGACGAGAUCCGGCGGAUCAAGGAGGGCUUCAGCGACAAGAAGUACGCCAACAGCCUGACCAAGUGCAUGCGCACGGAGCUCAAGGAGGACAAGUUCAAGAAGGCCGUGCUGCUGGUGCUGGAGGAGCAGCGCAUGGAGGAGGAGGACGUGCACGGGCGGCCGCUGCGCAUCGACUACGACCUCGUCGACGACGACGUGCGCCAGCUGCGCCACGCCGUCCGCAGCGAGAAGGGCGGCGAGAGCCUCAUGAUCUCCAUCGUCACGCAGCGCAGCGACGCGCACCUGCGCGAGGUCCUGCGCGAGUACAAGAACAAGUACAAGGGCGCCAACUUUGCCAAGGACGCCCUGCGCAAGAGCGGGAACCUGGUCGGCGAAGUCCUCGCGCACAUCCUCAACGGCAUCAUCAACAAGCCCGUCCGCGACGCCAUGCUGCUGCACCACGCGCUGACCGCGUCGCGGCGCGACGAGCUGCGCCGCGAGCUGCUCAUCUCGCGCCUCGUGCGCUACCACUGGGACGCCGCGCACAUGGCGCUCGUGCGCCGCGCCUACCGCGAGCAGUACGGCCGCGAGCUGCAGGACGCCGUGCGCGAGGCGACCUCGGGCGAGUGGGGCGAGUUCUGCGUCGCGCUCUGCAUCGUGCGCAUGCCCGACGAUGUGCGCAGGGUCGAGCGCGUCGAUAUCCAUCGGUAGGUAUAGGGCGUCGGCCUGGGGGCUUGGACGGGAGGUGGACCUGGCAGAUUAUCAUGGGUUGGGGGUACGAUUGGAAAUGUG